CAUCGGCGCCAUGCCGUCUUCCUUGGUUCCGCCUCCUAGCCCCAAUCCCAACCCGGCCCCGCCUCCCCCUCCCAUCCUCGGUGGCUCGGCUCCCCGCCGCCGGCUCGCCACGGUGCAAGGCAGAGCAGAGGAGAGGAGAGGAAAUUGAAUCGGAGAACCGGUUCCAAUUUUUCCACCCAUCGACUAGUCGGGAUGGCUGAUAUACCCCUCUUGCCGGUCACUAGGGACGGCGCGGAGGUUGGAGGAGGAGCCGCGAGUCCCAAGAAGAAGAAGACCAUGACGUCACUCUACCUCACCUUCUUUGAGACCGCCGCCGACGGCAAGAACCGUGCCUGUAGGCUCUGCAACAAGACAUAUUGCCUCAGCACCGCCACCAGCAAUCUGGGGAAGCACCUGAACAACCGGCACCCGGGCUACGACCAGCUCGCCGACCACCACCUGCACCUGCAGGGCGACCCUGCCCAGAGCGCCAUCUCCGGCAUGUUUGCCAGGAGCAAGAAGCCGCAGGCCCCGGCGCGAGCUCACCCGCAACCUCAGCCUCAGUCGCAAGCACAAGUUCAGGUUCAGUCUGUUCAGGCUCAGGCCAAAGCGCGGGCCGUCCGCGCUCAGCCUAGCGCGAAGCCGGCGGUGGACGUCGACUACGUCAACUGGUUGCUCCUUCGGUGGCUCAUCGGCUCCUCCUUCCCGCCCUCCACCCUCGAGGACAGCUCGUUUGUCGACAGCUGCAGGUACCUGAACCCGGCCGUCAGGCUCUGGCCGAAGGAGAAGGCUCAGGAGAUCACCCUUCAGGUGUUCAAGAGCAUGAAGGAGGAUGUCAAGGCGUCCCUGCAGCGCGUCAGGUCCCGGCUGUCCAUCUCCCUUGAGUUCUGGACUUCCUACGAGCAGAUAGUGUACCUGUCUGUCAAGUGCCACUGGAUCGACGAGACCUGGGUCUCGCAGAAACUCCUGCUUGACGUGUGCCGGGUUCGGUGCCACUGUACCGGUGCUGACAUUCUGCGAGUUCUGUUGGCUGUCUUGCAGGAUUUUAACAUUGACUUGAAAAUCCUUGCUUGCACGCACAAUAACAGCCAGCAUGCUAUCCAUGCCUGUGAAGAGCUCAGGCGGGAGCUCGAGUCCCGGAAGCUCCCCUUCUGCUACAUCCCCUGUGCCGCAAAGGCGCUAGAGGUUAUCAUAGAGGAUGGCCUGCAAAAUGUGAAGCCUGUAUUGUCCAAGGCCCGCGAGUUUAUCCUUGAGACCAAUUCGAACCAGGAGAUGUUGGUGGAUUUUAAGCACUGGACUGAAGUUUACCAAGAAGGCCCAUGUAAAUUCCCUCUUGAUCAUUCGGCAAACUGGAACGGCAAUUACAAUGUGCUCGACAUAGUAAAGAAGGCCCCUAAUGCGAUGGAUAACACCAUCAAGAAGUUUCAAGACAUUUUUGGGCCGAGGGACUGGGUUCUGAGUGACGAGGAGAAGUCAGUGGUGAAUUCAUUGCAUUCGUACCUUGAGCCAUUCUAUAAAACUACGACCAACCUUUGUACUUGCAAAUUACCAACUGUUGGGUUGGUCUUCUUCUUCAUGGACCAUGUCUUUGAGUUGAUCAAUGUCUGCCAUGACAGCAGCCACCAGAAAUUGUUUGAGAAAAUCGCCAGAGACAUGUCCAAGACGGCUCGUGACUUCACAUCUCAAGCUUACAACAUCUACACCUUCACGGCCGCGAUUCUUGAUCCAAGGAUCAAAGGGGAGCUCAUCCCUGACGCCCUCAACUCCACCAGCAACUUGGAGGAUGCAAGGGACCAUUUUGUCAGAGACUACAGCAGCAUCUUCCAAGCUCCCAGAAAUGGCUACAGCACCCAACAAGACAACACCGAGGAUGGUGGCGCGUUCUCCUUCGCCGAAGAGAUUAUUCGUAAACGCCGUCGUGUCAGCAUGAGCACUGCCGCUGAUGAGCUCACUCAGUAUCUUGCGGAGCCCCCCGCACCGAUUUCCACUGAUGCUCUUGAAUGGUGGAGGGGGCACUCCUCCCGUUACCCACGGCUCUCUUUGAUGGCCCGUGACUUUUUGGCAAUCCAAGGGACCUCCUUGGAUCCUGAAGAACUGUUCACAAGCAAAGGGGACAGUAUCCACAAGCAGCAGUACUGCCUUCCUCUUAGUAGCAUGCAGGCUACAAUGUGUAUAAAAUCGUGGAUGCAAAGUGGGUAUCAGUUCAAUUUUCAGUCGACAAUUAUUGAUUUCGAGAGAUUAAUCGAGUCUGCUACUGCUCCUGAUGCUGUGAAUGGUCCAGAGUCUUCUUGAGGAAUAAAUGGUCAGAAACUCAGGAUCCUAGAUUAGUUCGGUGGCAUCUGUUUCAUGUACCAUAGGUUCUCAUCAUGUAAAUAGUUCAUCUAAGCUGCAAAUGCGGGUUUGUUUGUAGUCUCUGCACAAAAUCUCAUAGUCAGAAUUAUGGUGAGCAGCCUGUGUUUUCAGAAUCAUGACAUGUAAGUACCUUGAAAGUCAUCGUAAUCAGGAGCAACAAUGCAAUUCAGGUUUGUUUCCUGUGAAGAUGGCUUAAAAGGAAGAUACAUGUCCCUUCAUGUGAUCAGAGGAGUCCUUUUACUGCCCUUGAUUCUAUAAUGGUGUAAUUCUCUA